AUGGACAACUAUACCGAUGGCUCGUCUACCGCAUCUCCCCAAUUUACACCAACUGAGACUGUUUUCGGCGAGGAUUGGGAUGGUCAGCGCUAUGCGGUACCUUGGCCGGAUAAUAAAUACAACAUUUUCAUAAACGGUACGAACCGGGCAAUUUGCGCGAAUAACGAGGGCGGUCUUUACGUGUACGACUUCAACAAGGACCAUUUUCAGCAACACACAUGGCUAUGCGUCGAGAAGAAUGGAUAUUUUGGCUUUGUCAAUCUUCACACAGGCAAAUUCAUCGGCCACAAGGAUGAUGAUAAACUGCACUCCGCGGCGUCUCAACAUGAAGCUUGGGAGCUUAUGACAGUGAGGAAGCAUCCAGAAGGAGGCUACGAGUUGCUAAUGCCACAUUGGUGGCAUACACUGAAGAAAGUGGGUGUCUCCGAAGGUUCGGAUAAUGUGAUAUUGCGACAGCAUAUAUCGACUGUUUGGCAGUUUGUUAAAGUAGAUUAA